AUGUCCGAUAACGAGGAUCCAUACGCCGUGAGCUCGGAUUCAGAUGACGACGACGUCCGAAAACCUCCGCCAAAAAUUCAGAUCGAAGGGAGGACCGGAGAUCUCAAUAAAAUUGUAAGUAAACUUGCCCAGGAAAAGCUUUGAUAGAAUUUUUAUGGAACAGCGACGGAACUUAUCUAGUGGCAAAAACGUACCAUUUUACAUCCGGGAAAUACCAAAAAAUGUGGCAAAAUGCCUCCAUCUCCAACUAAAAAACUCCGUUUUCAAGGGCGCGUCCUUUCCAUAACAUAAACGGCGGGACUUCACUUGGAGAAGGAGAUAUUUUGCUACAUUUUUUGAUACUUUCCGUAUGCAAAAUGGUACGUUUUUACCACUGGAUCAGGUCCACCACAGUAGGUAGCGUCAUAUAGUACUUUCACUAAUAGAAAAGCAGAUUCACACUGCCAGAAACCCUAUUAUCCGCUUAACAAAAGCCUAUUACAUUGCAGAAAGAGAACCUCAUAAAAGCCGAGACCAACGUGAAAGACGAAGAACGCCAGAAGGAGAUCGAGGCCCUCAAGGAGGGCAAAAAAGAGGAAUUGGCCAAGAUGAAGCAAGACUUCGAAGCCGGCAAAUCCUCUCUACAAAAGGAGGAGCCCGAGCGGAAAGUCUCACUGGAAGGUGAGCAAUCAUUCCUUCCGAUAUUGCUGUGUUUUAGGCGUCGGAAAGGAUACACUAUCAUCCAUUCGGAAUCUGAUCGAAAGCGGAGGUGAGACCAAAGCAUUCGAAUCCGAACAGCGAAAGGAAGUGGAGAGUCUGUUGAAGAGCGAGGGCGAGCGCAAAAAAAUGUUGGCCGCCUUCAUGGAGGUAGGCAUUUGUUUUUGUUGAUGAUUAUCUAUGUUUUUUGUUGUAAAAUACGCAUUGCAAAAAAGAAAACAAAAUUCAGUUCACCAAUAUUACUUCUUUAGGAAGCUGCGAAAGAGCCCUCAAACGACUGCUUUAUCUGCGGCAAGAUCGUCUACAACGUCGAACGGAUCGUUGCAGCCAAGAAAACCUAUCACAACACUUGCUUUAAAUGUUGCAAAUGUUCAAAACGGCUGACGUAAGUAUCGAAACAACGAUCCUUUCAGAAAAGUCAUCAACUAUUCCCAAACAAUAUGUAUAAUGACCGUAAUUACAGUCCGACAACGUUCAAUCAUCACGAAGAGAAUUUAUUUUGCCGUGCUCAUUAUCAAGAGGCCCUUCAUCCCGAACAGGUUGGAGCUGUUGUUGAUGAAGAGGAUGACCAGCCUGACGAGGAUGACGAGUGGGCGUUGGUCUCAAAACCAAAGAAAUUGGCCGAUGGAGUGGUCAGAUGUAAGUUGAAAACACGUUGCAACCCCGACUAAUAUCUGAAUCACUUUUCUACUCUAAUUGUAAAUCAUGACUCUUCAGCCGACCAAACAGCCAAUAUUGGCGAUGAGCUGGCUCAAUUAAGAUCGCUCAAGGAGAAAAAGGCAGAGUUAGAGCAAUCAGCGGCCGAAGCACAAAAGGUGGACAAGAAACUGACGCCAGCUGAAGAGAUCGCUGCCGGACGAGUCAAGGAGAACAUGGAAAAGUGAGAUGAGCAAAAUUAAUAACCAUUACCUCUGUAGAAUCACCACGGGUACGGACGAAGAGAAAGCUGCAGCAGAAGCGGCCGAGCGUCAAAAGGAAAUCGAAGCAAUCAAAGGGUCAGUUCAUGACGUCAAGAAUCGCUGGAAAACCGGAGAUGUCGAAACUGCCGAGAGCAAAGAAUCGGAAACCAAAUCAGAGCUUGAAGCGCUCAAAGGCCAGAGAAUCUCCGAUCGUUUCAAAGAGGGAGCAGAUGAACAUGAAGUCGUCAAAGCCUAUGACAAAUCCGAGCUCAACACUACUGGUAGGAGACUUCCGGAAUGCAGUGCGGGACCGGAUCCAGUGGAUAAAAGUGCUUCCGAAUCCAUCAGGGAGUCAUUUAGAAUACCACUAAAUACCUCCCUCUCUGACUGGAAAUAGCGUUCUUUUGAAGACAGAGCGAGAAAAUUUCGCUUUUGGAAGGAGUAGAGAUGGAAACGGGAAUUCGGUAAGGCAUCGAAUACCUCUUUCUCUGCUCUUUCCAAAUGGGCAACUUUCCCGCCUGUCUCGUCAGAAGAACGCUAUUUUCGGUCAGAUAGGGAGAUAUUUCGAAGUAUUUGGAAUGACUCCAGGAUGCAAUCUGAAACACUUUUGAUCACUGGAUCCCGUCCCUCACUGUAUAUCCGCUCUCACAAUUAAUUUAUUGUCAUCACUAUCGUUAUCGUUCAUUUUGUAUUUUAGCGAUUGCCGAGGCCCGAAAGUCAUUCUUGGAAGGAUCGGCUUACCAAUCCGGCCCAGUUGAGAAAACCGCUAAUGAUUUGGACGAAAUCAGGAGAGGAAGUAAGUAAAAUAAAACAAUAUGCCUUCCCGUAUUUUACCACAAAGGAUAUUCGCCAAAUUUCUUUCUAUUACCCCUCUUUCAACCUUAAUUUUUAUUUUCUCUGCGAAAUUGCGAACAUAUGGCUAUUAUUUUCGAUCGGGAGACCUUCGGGUCACUCAGUUUUACACAUUAUAAAAAUUCGGCGGCCGAAAAACGGCCCAACUCGAAAAUUUCCGGGGUUUCGAUUUGUUGUGAUCUAGGAAGCCCAGUGAACCAUACUGAUUUCUUAUGUUAUAGAAUUCUUUCCCCUUACACUACCUACUACAAUAUCCAACUCCCCGAUUUUUACUAAAAAUGUCCUAUUUCAGCCCUCAGCUCCUUCAAGGACCGCUUCGAAAAGGGUCAGGCCACUGAGUACGAAAAAACCGCCGUCGAAUUGGACGUUCAGUUGGGCAAUAUCAAGGAUCAAUUGAGCAAACUCAAAUCCGAAGACCAAAUGACUCCAGAAGAACGAGCGGAAAAGAAGAAGAAGGAGAUUGAAGAGGAAUUCCUUCGCUACAAACUGGCAAGGAAGCUCAGAGAGAAGAAAAAUGCGCAGGUGAGUGGGCGAUUAUGGAAAAAUUAUGUUACACGUCAAUCCAAACGAAAAAAAUUUCCCGCCCCUUUUUGGUGAUUCGUUCAAAACGAAAUGUCACUAUCCGAUAAAACGCAUUUUCUUAUCUUUCUUCUUCCUUUUCGAGAAAAAGUGUCGAUAAUUUCACGACAUUUCGUCUCUCUUUUAAAUCAAUGAAAACGAUACGAAGUUUCGAAGCGGUUCAGGAAAUGCGCCGGAUGAAUAACAUGUUAUUCAUGAGGAAUGAAGCCGAUUUUUGAAGAAAAGUUAAUUAGAAGGCUGAAGCAAGGCUAAAACAGAUCUCCAAGGCUCUAAAAGCUCUAACAACACUAAAACAAGAUCUGCUUUCAGGGCGGAGAAGAAGAAGCGCCCGCAGUUGAAGGUGGAAGUGGACUUGAUGUUGAGAUCAAGAUGGCUGGAAAAGCAAGGAAAAAGUUCGAGGAAAUCGACAGCAACGCUGCUCCAAUCUUCCCUAAACAGGUAAGAAAUCUUAAACAACAAUAAUAUUCAACAUUCGUCCAAGAAAAAUCAAAAAAUCAAAGAACGUCAAAAAUUUGGCAUGUACAACAUCGAAAAAUAGCAAAUCCGGCCAAAACUAGAUGAGUUCUGCCUUCAAAGGGCAAGGAGGCAUUGAAAAAAGAUUGUCGAAUCAUUUUACAGCCAAAACAAUCCAUCUUUAUGUUAUACUACUUGAAAAAACGAAUAUUUACCUAAAAACCCCUCAAAUUUCAGGCCGAACGCCGAACCUCCUCUUCCAAAUGGGACAAACCCGAAUCCACGGCCGAAGUCGUCAAUCGUCGUCAGCAACAAUCCGACUCCGAGGAGGACGAGGAUCCCGAUGCGUUUGACGUGAAAAACCUCAUGAACAAGUUCAAAAACAUUGCCAAUCUGGCGCCGACCAAGGUGGAAAAGAAUCUGGACGAGCUGGAGCAGCUGAGAAUCGAAGCCAAGAAUCUGAGGGAGAAGUUCGAGAAGCAGGGAACUGGAGCGGACGAGGAGACGGAGGAGAAAAAGAGACAAUUGCAGGAGGAGUUCGAGCAGCUGAAGGGUAAGAUAAAUAAAUGUAAAAAAAAUAUCGUUUCUGAGUAAAAUGAUAGAUCAUACUAAAAUCAGACGUCUAUACUAUCAGAAUCCAUCGUAUUUUAGCUGAAAACUCGAGAAAAAUUCGCGGAAAAUUGGAAGAAAAAAGAAAAGUCGUGUAUGGAGAAAAAACGUCAAAUUUUAUGCACUGCUACGUUUUUUCUCCAUAAUUUUCAAACAUUUUACCCGGAAGAUGGCAAAAUUAGCUUAUUGAUUUUUUUUCUGCUAUGUUCAAAUGAAUUUGUAGGGAUAAAAACGUGAAAUUUUGUGGAUUCCAACGUAUUUUUAGGGACAAAAAACGUAAAUUACGAAAAAUGAAAAUUAUGUCGAUAAAACGUAAAAAUAUGAGGUGAACAUUGUAAAAUACGAGCAAUUUAACGGUCUCAAAUUUUUUAGCCGAACGUCAACGCGCCAAAGAAGAACUCGAAGCCGAAAGAGCGGCGGCCGAAGCCGAAGGCGGCGAAGACAAAGAAGAAAUCCAAAUCGCCGCCGACCAUGCGUCGAAAAUGGCGGCGAAAUGGGAGAAGAUCAACAAGAAGGAGGCCAAGAAGGCGGAACGAUCCAAAAUGCCGGCAAGGGUCAGCAAGUGUGGGGUGCAGAGUCUGGUGAACAACUUUGAAAAGUUCUCUAACAAGAGUGUGACUUUGAAGUGAGCACGUCAAACUGAGGAGUCCGAUGAGCGGAGUAGACUCUUCGCUAUCGGUUUUUUACACUUCGUCUUGAUUUCACAGAGAAGACAGAGAAAAGGCGCGCAAAAAACGUACUCUCUCGCCUCAAAAAUUCCCCAUUUCUCCCCCGACAAAAAGUUUUUUCGCGUCUGUUUUGGCGAAUUGCUAUUCCAUUCAUUUACGGGACCAUUUUAGCUUAUCUCAGUUUGACAUGCAGCGUGUAAGUAUAAUAAUAAUAAUAUUUUUGUAACUUCCACAGCAUUUUUAUUGCAUAACAAAUCUUAUUUUGUCGGGUCUGACUAACUUUUUACUGGAUACGAGUAAUUUUUUACCUUUUUUUAUAGCUAUGUAUAAAAUAUUUUUUUUACAAAAUAAGAUCUUGAGAUAUCACCCUGGGGUCUUCUUGAAAUUUUGCACAAAUGUUGGAUCAAGGCUAGCGAUCAAGCAUUUUAACUUUUGGAUUGCCUUUUGCCUAGACAGCCGAGAUAAAAUGAUGACAAAAGACUUGAAAAGCAAUUUUGGCCAAAUACAGGGUGCGCCAAAAAUAUUGGGACUCAUAUUUUUACUUGCCCUGCGGGCUGUAAUGGUAAAAAAGCAAAGUGGUCGCUUGUGCAAACGUGCAAUGCUCCCAAGAAUCUAUCUUCAAAGUUUCAGACAGAGUAGUCGUAUACGACACCUGUUCUGCCUUUAUAAGUGCUCACAACUAAGGCCCCUGAGACACGGACCCCAAAAUGGAUAAAAAUUGGAAACACUAGUUUUACCGUUGCAUGCUAUGGCAGAAAUUCACUUUAUAUGACAGAGUAGCGGUCGCUUUUUAUACACUAAAAAUGAUUUUUACUUAUAAUGACGAUUACAUCUUUUACAGCCCGUCAAAGUCGGCCUAAAAACGCGCCGUUUUCCAGAAAACUUCCGUAAGAUCAAAGAUUUUUAUGUAGAAGUUUCCAUGUAAGGUUCCCAGCGUAUUAGGCAUCAGAGAUACUUUUAUAAGGACAACGAGAGUCUGACUAGUCGUCUUUGAAAAAUUAUUCUUUUAUCUUCUGCCUCUGGGGGAUGAAAUAGUGACUACAGCGGUAGAAUUUACUCUAAGGUUGCUCGUCAAGUGAGCUUGGACUGAAGAUCGCUAAAAGUAAUUCAGUUGUGUCAGCAUGUGUCCAGAGUACAGCGUUACGCCGAUUUUUACGCUCAAGUACUUUUCAACUUGCAGUAAACUGCCAAAAUAUAUCAAGCUUCGAAGGACCGUGCCUCCAAUCCGCACCAUAAAGUUUUUUCCAUACAGAAACUGUCCCCUUGUAGGUGUAGAUUUUCUUUUACAGUAUGACAAUUCCCUAUGUACACACUCUAUAACCACAAAAUUUUAGAGCAACACGGGCGAUACUGUGGUAUUGAGAUCGUUAAAAACAUAAAAAUCCGAACUUUCGGGAUUUUUUUUGUUUUUUCGACCAGCGCCGCCAUAUCGGUCGUCAACCAUGAUUACAUACGUUGUUACGAAGUGAAUAGCAUGUGCUUUAUACACAAUAAAUUUGAAGGAUCUUACAUUCCCUUAGCGGAAAUAAUGGCCAAAUUGAUUUCCCGGUCAUCCACUUGAAAAGAAAAUUUUGGUCCCCCAAAAAAUUUUAAAAUAUUUUUUCAAGUUUGCAAUAGGCCCCAACCCUGGCAUGACCGUUGCCGUAUAGCAAGACUGUUACCCUUGCUAAAACGGCCAAAAGUCUUGAUUCCAAGGCCAGCCGAAAAAAGCUACACGGAAUUGAUUUUUGUCCCAAUAUUUUUGGCGCACCCUGUACAUUUCAAAGUUUCGUCGAAAAAAUGGUUUUUCUCGAUGUUAGUGCAAAAUUUUAUUGCGAUAGACAGCUUGGGUACCAAGAUUAUUUAUUUAAAUAAAAAUGACUUCAUCUUUUUAUCAGACUAAUAUACUAUUACAUAUAAUACAUAUUUUUUCAUGGUAAAAGACGUGUUCACGUUGGGUUUUACAUAUACAGUAGCGGACCUGAUCCAUUGGUCAGAAACGUACCAUUUUGCAUCCGAGAAAUAUCAAAAAUGUAGCAAAAUACCUCCCUCUCCAAGUGAAAAAACUCCGAUUUCAAAAGCGCGCCCAUUCUUUUGUGAGAGAAAGGGCGCGCAAUUCAAAACAGAGUUUUUUAGUUAGAGAGGGAGGUAUUUUGCCACCUUUUUGAUACUUCCCGGAUGCAAAAUGAUGCGUUUUUUGCCACUAUAUCAAGUCCCUUAAUGUAUAAUUUCUAACUGUUUGAUUUGAUGAAUGUGCAAAUAAAUUUCUAACAACUCUUCGGAAGUUUUUUUUUUGAAAAAAUAACGAUUGAAAAAACAGUGUUUAGAAUCCGAUAACAGUUUCCUUCAAUUUCAGCAGUAA